UUCCUCAAACCAAAACGAGUCGUAUUGGUGGACGACUUCGUUGAGUGACUUCUUUUGUUUCGGUUCCACCUCGUCUGAGCGGCCUCAGUUUCGCACGGAUGGAAUUGACGGCACCUCCUUGUGUUCGAAGCUAUUCAUCUCCAUCUCUAUCUCUGCAAUCCAAGCCAAGAGUAGUUUCUGUUCCUCAUACAAAGCUCCUACCCGUUUCUUUCGGAUCCUCCAACUUGGCUGCAAAAAGUUUCAAGCUUGCUCACAUGGAGGGUAUCGGAGCAAUCCCUCGUGCCUCUCUAGGCGAUGAUAAUGGUUCUACUUCUUCACCCGCUUCGCCAGCUGGGUCAGGGGCUCGAACUGGGGAAGUGAAACGGGUGACAAAGGAGACUAAUGUUUCUGUAAAAAUAAACUUGGAUGGCACUGGUAUUGCUGAUAGUUCUACUGGCAUUCCCUUUCUCGAUCACAUGUUGGAUCAACUUGCUUCGCAUGGGCUGUUCGAUGUGCAUGUAAGGGCAACGGGUGACAUCCACAUUGAUGACCAUCAUACAAAUGAAGAUAUUGCUCUUGCCAUCGGAACGGCUUUGCUAAAGGCACUUGGUGAUAGGAAAGGGAUUAGCCGAUUCGGCGACUUCUCUGCCCCUCUUGAUGAAGCAUUGAUACACGUUUCACUGGAUUUAUCUGGCCGACCACAUUUGAGUUAUGAUCUGCAGAUCCCCACUGAAAGAGUUGGAACAUAUGAUACACAAUUGGUGGAGCAUUUUUUCCAGUCUUUGGUGAACACUUCUGGUAUGACACUGCAUAUUCGGCAGCUUGCUGGAAGAAAUUCUCACCAUAUUAUCGAGGCAACAUAUAAAGCAUUUGCAAGAGCUCUAAGACAAGCAACGGAAUACGAUCCACGUCGCCUUGGAACUGUGCCAAGUUCCAAAGGUGUUCUAUCACGUUCGUGAAACUUCACAAUCAUCAUGCAAAAAGCACAUGUUAGAGAGCAGAAGGGUUCCAUUGGAGGAAUAUAAAUGGGAAAUGAGCUCAAUGUUUGAUUAAGAAAUGAAUAGAUGCCUAAAAAAUGAAGCUGUUUGGAAUUUCCCAUUAAAUUACGCUCUGAUUAAAUUUGUACUGUAAAAAUGUUACUGCAACUGAAAAAUUAAUGUUUUACAAAGACUCUUCAGCUUUGUUCAAAUCA